UUCGAGCGAAGGAAGUUGGGCAUUUCUGUUCACUGAUCCACGACGAGCCAUGAAGCCCUUCACGGCGUGUGUGACGGUCGCCGCUCUUCUCAGCGGAGUACUGUCAGCCCCCUCCUCUUCCGAUGUCAGCAAAUGGGAAUCUUUCAAGUCCCUCCAUGGUAAGCGACACGCUCCCUCUCAGGAUGCCGUCCGCAUGGCGAAGUUCAUCCAGAGGAGCAGAGAAAUCGACGCCCACAACGCACGUUAUGAGGCCGGUCUCGAGAGCUUCUCCCUGAAGCUCAACCAAUAUUCGGACCUGAGCCCCGAGGAGUUCGCCCAGAACGCUCUGGGAUUCACUCCUUCGAACGACUCCCUCCCUCAACCCCACUCUCUGGAAGUUGCGCCCAGCCUCCCCGAAUCUCUCGACUACAGGGAGACCGGAAUCAUGACCCCCGUCAAGAGUCAAGGGGGCUGCGGAUCGUGCUACGCGUUCGCCGCGACCGGCGCACUCGAAAGUUACAUCUUGCGCUUGAGUACCAACAAGAACGUCGAUCUCUCCGAACAGGACGUCGUCGAUUGCUCCUACAGGAAAUUCAUGGGCAACAACAUGAACGGCGGUUGCCGUGGAGGUCAUCCGACCGCGGUGUUCGAUUACUACAAGGAGAAGGACGUCAUCAUGGAGGACUCGUACGAAUACGUUUCGGGCCAGACCGGAACCCACCAAGAGUGUAAGAUCAAAACUCCCGAGCACAAAUUCAUCCGCGACCGUCUCAGGCACAAACACGUUCGACCUGAGCGCGAGAGCGACCUCAAACAAUACCUCGUCGAGUACGGACCUCUCGUCAUCGGAAUCGCGGCCGACAACGAGCACAAAGCCAUGUUCAAAGAUCUCGGCGACGGUAUCUUCGACGUCGACUACACCGUCAAUUUGCAGCCGAACCACGUCGUCGUGCUCGCCGGUUACGGAAGCGAGAAUGGAAAGGACUACUGGAUCAUCAAGAACUCCUGGGGCACCGACUGGGGCGUCGGGGGAUACGGCAAAAUCGUUGCCGGCAAAAACAUGGCCAACAUCAUGGCCUCCGGUAUCUGGAUCCUGGAAUAAAUCAUGCCGUUAGGACUCUCCA